GGCGUGCCAUUUAGCUCUCAUUACUCUCUCUCUCUCUCUCUCAAAACCACCACAAGCAUCAAUACUCAAUAGCUCCGUUUAUACUUCAUGUUUCCUUCUCACAUUUUCAUUACCCAGAAAUUUUCAUAGCCAUUUGCUCCAAUAAUAAUACCCACCGGUUUUCUCUAGCAGUUUCUUUCCCAUGAUUUUCAUCACCAGCUUUUAUUUUUAUUAUUCUAUCUUAGCAGACAACAACUGACAACAAGCUCUAAGCCUUCACUUCUCAUUUCUCACUCUCUUUCUUCUAUCAUUCACACACACACACACACAGUCUCUCUCACUAAUUUCCUACACAUUUUCCACCUACAAAAACAUGCAUAGGUGGGAGAAAACAUUGAGAGAAGAUAGAUACAGCCACGAGAGAAAAAACCCGUCUUUCUCUUCAACUCUGCUGGACAAAAUUUACCGUUCCAUUGAUGAUGGUGACAAAAGGAGUGGAGAAUUGAAAUUUUACAGAGAAACAAUGGGAAAAAAACAGAGCAAAGGUAGUGGGAAAAGCAAUAGAGCUCUGGAAGAGGAAGAGGUGGCUAGUCUUCGCCGAGCCUGUUUGAUCGAGAAGUGGAUGGAUAAGAAGGUCAAAGAAAAGGCUACCACACAUCGAAGACAGAACUUGACAGAAUUGGAGAGAAAAUCACAGCACGAUCAUGAUCAUGACCAAGAUGUUCUGUUCUUCAGCUCCACUUCAAGCUCUUCAGAUUCUAGUUCUGGAGGAUUCUCAUCCUCUGAUACGGAGUCUGUGUUCGGUGUGAGAUCGAGGUCCUCCUGUUUCGCACCUCCAAGGCCUAAAUCUGUAAGCACCAGCGUCUCUCCUCGAUCGGAGAGAACAGAGAGAAAACAGAGCAAUCUGUAUCAAGAACAGAGGGCGUUGCAUAUGUGUGAUGAUUAUCAUCAUAAUACUACUACUACUACAGGGCAGACUCCAAAGCUUAAGGAAGGCAUAAUUAAGUCAAAAUCGAGGGCAUUAAAGAUUUAUGCCAAUUUAAAGAAGGUGAAACAGCCAAUUUCACCUGGUGGUCGCUUCGCGAAUUUCCUAAAUUCUCUUUUUGCAACAGGGAAUACAAAGAAAACGAAGAGCACGUUAACAUCGUCAAUUCAAGGGUAUGAUGAUGCUGUUAUCGUGGAGAGGAAAUCCAAGUCAGUGCAAGCCACAACCGUUUGUUCUUCUGCAUCUUCGUUUUCAAGAUCAUGCCUGAGCAAAAAUUCACCUUCUUCUAGAGAAAAGCUACGCAAUGGGGUUAAAAGGACGGUCCGAUUCUACCCGGUAAGUGUGAUUGUUGAUGAAGAUUGUCGUCCAUGUGGGCAUAAAUGCUUGUACGAGGAAGACAAUUCGAGUCUAAUGGCGGGGUCAGUGCCAACAGCGUGGAAAAUUGGACGAUCUCCUACAAGAAGGAAUGAAGAAGAGCUCAAAUUCCAGGUCUUGGAGAAAACCCGACGCGUGGAAGAGGCGGCUAGAGAGUUUCUAAGAGAUUAUCAUCAUCAAAAACAGAAAAAGAACGAGUUAACAAUGCGAGAUUUUCAUGCCAAAAAUGAUUAUAUUUAUGAAGAUGAUGAUGAUGAUGCAUCCAGUUGCUCAAGCUCGGAUCUUUUUGAGCUUGAUCACCUUGUUGUAAUGGGGAAAAAUAGGUAUAGUGAAGAGCUUCCAGUGUAUGAAACCACUCAUGUUGAUACUAAUCGGGCCAUUGCUAAUGGCUUGAUAAUGUAAUUCCAGUUAUAUUAUACAGAGCCAAAAUUUUAUAUAUAUGUCAUAAAUGUUUUAAGUUGGUUAUUGGUAUCAGUUUAAUUAAUGGAUUGGAUUUCAUGAAGGCCUAGAAAUUGCAGGAACUCAUUCUAGGCACCAAUCUGUUUAAGCUUGAUCAACUUAAAAUGUUUGUAUUUAUGUAAAUAGUGAGGAAGUAUGCUUUA